AUGCGCGCCGCCGCGCUGGGGCUGGCGCUCCGGGCACUCUGGGCUCUGGCCCUCUCCUCCCUCUCCAACACGCUGGCAGUGAACAACAGCGGGCGGUGGUGGGGCAUCAUCAACGUGGCCUCAUCCACCAACCUGCUGACAGACUCCAAGAACGUGCAGCUGGUGCUGGACCCCAGCCUGCAGCUGCUGAGCCGAAAGCAGCGCAAGCUGAUCCGUCAGAACCCCGGCAUCCUUCACAGUGUCAGCUCCGGCCUCCAGACAGCCAUCAAGGAGUGCAAGUGGCAGUUCCGCAACCGCCGCUGGAACUGUCCCACCUCCCAAGGCCCCAACAUCUUCGGCAAAAUUGUCAACCGGGGCUGCCGGGAGACAGCAUUCAUCUUUGCCAUCACCAGUGCAGGCGUGACACACUCGGUGGCCCGGUCGUGCUCGGAGGGGUCCAUCGAGUCCUGCACCUGUGACUACCGGCGCCGUGGCCCUGGGGGGCCUGACUGGCACUGGGGGGGCUGCAGUGACAACAUCGACUUCGGUCGCCUCUUCGGGAGGGAGUUUGUGGACUCCAGUGAGAAGGGCCGAGACCUGCGUUUCCUCAUGAACCUGCACAACAACGAGGCCGGGCGCAUGACGGUCUUCUCAGAGAUGCGCCAGGAGUGCAAGUGCCACGGCAUGUCAGGCUCCUGCACCGUCCGCACCUGCUGGAUGCGGCUGCCCACCUUCCGUGCCGUGGGCGACGUCCUGAAGGAUCGCUUUGACGGCGCUUCCCGCGUCAUCUAUGGCAACAAGGGCAGCAACCGGGCGUCGAGGGUGGAGCUGCAUCACUUGGAGCCUGAGAACCCGGCCCACAAGCCUCCCUCACCCCACGAUCUCGUCUACUUCGAGAAAUCCCCCAAUUUCUGCACCUACAGCGGGAAGAUGGGCACAGCAGGCACGGCCGGGAGGUUCUGCAACAGCUCCUCACCGGGGCUGGACGGGUGUGAGCUGCUGUGCUGCGGGCGUGGGUACCGCACGCGCACCCAGCGCGUCACCGAGCGCUGCAACUGCACCUUCCACUGGUGCUGCCAUGUCAGCUGCCUCAACUGCACCAACACCCAGGUGCUGCACGAGUGCCUGUGA